AUGUCAUCAUCUUCAGUAAACCACACUCAGGUAUAUUUGCUGAAUUUUAUACAGUCACAAGUUGAUACACUAAAUCAACCAAUUAAAGUUACAAAUAAAUUAAACGAUAUUAUUUCAACAACAAAUUUAUCAAAUAGACAAGUGAAAUCACUAGUGGAUAAGAUAAACAAGCAGAUCCUUGCGCAGAAUGAGAAGCUAUACUCACCAGAUAUUCAUCAACAAAUUAUAACUCAAGUAUUAAAAUUGGAGAGACAAAAAUUUACAAUUGUGAAUCAAAUUAUUAAUAAAAUUUAUAUAAUUUUACAACCAAUUUUACUACCUAAUUUCGUAAAUUUAACAAAUUUAGAUAAACGUGAAAAAUUAGUUGAAUUUAAUGAAUUGAUUAAUGAAUUACCAGAUGAAAAAUACUUGAUCAUUAAUAAACGAGAAAUUAUGACUAAAGAUUUUGAUUUAAAUAAAAGUCCAAUAGAUGAAGAUGAAGAGGACGACUUGGAUGGUGAUGACGCGUUUAUAAAUCAUGAAGUAGUAGCUAAUGAGGAAGCCAAAUUAAAAAAACGAGAAUAUUUGGAUGUUAUGAUUAAAGAAGUUGAUCAAUUAAGUCAAUUGGAUCAAGAUUUGGUCAAGAGAUAUUCAGAAUUGAGAAAAGAUCUAAGAAGUGUACAUGAUAAAUUGAAAUACAAAUAUGAUAAGUUAAAUUUUCUAAAUGAAUUGAAGUCAGAUAUAACUGAAACAUUUCAUUUAACAAAUGAAAAUAAAAUAAAAAAUAACCAUAAUAAUGAUGAAAUGUACGACAGUGACGAGGAAAUGAUGCCGGAUGACGGAAGUAGUAAUGAAAUCGAUGAUGAUGAUGAAAUUAAAGGAAUACAGAGUAAUUUACUUGACAAUAAUGAAGACAAUUUAGUUCUUUCCGGAUUAAAUAAAUUUAGGGUAUUGAUGGAGAAAAUAAAUUACAAAGUUAAUACAAAUGAUAUAUCGGGGUCAGAAUUAAGGGCUAAAAUUUUGGAAAUGAACAAGUAA